AUGACCAUUGUUGCCAUCAAAAGCGCGAUUGUGUCGUUUUUCAACAAAAACAAGCCGUCCGAGGCAAGCAGUCCUCUGAUGUCCAGCACAACAGACAACUACGGAGCGCUCUCCGACAGAGACCCAGAGGCGCAACCGUCCACGCCCACUAAAACACAAACAUUUUCCUCCGACAACGAUAAUGGUCUGCCGUUUGGCUGGCUACUGGGCAAAACCGACCCGCGUGUGAUGAGCGAUUUGAUCAUCGGGCUCAGUGACGGAUUAACCGUGCCGUUUGCCCUGACUGCGGGUCUCUCGUCCUUGGGUGACUCCAAGCUCGUCAUUACCGGAGGUAUGGCCGAACUGGUUUCCGGAGCGAUCUCCAUGGGACUUGGAGGGUACCUGGCUGCGCGCUCGGAAUCGGAAUACUACAAAUCGCAGGUGAGAAAGGAAAAACAGGAAUUCUUUGAGAACCCGGAGUGUCUUGCUGAGGAGGUCAGCGACGUGAUGAUUGACAUGGGUGCCUCUGAGGAGACCACCAAGUCGUUUGUGCGGGACCUGGAGGCAGACCCGAAGGCUAUGAUUGAUUUUGUUAUUAAAUUCGGCAGGGGUUUGGACGAGCCUCCAGACGGACGUCAAUUGGUGAGCGCGUUGACAAUUGGGUCUGGAUACUUCUUUGGAGGCUUUAUCCCGCUGAUUCCGUACUUUUUCACAGACAUUGUUCGCACAGGCUUGAUAAUAUCGGUCGUGGUGAUGAUCUUCACCCUGUUCUGGUUCGGCUACUUCAAGACCAUAGUUUCGAUGGGCGACGACACUUCACAUUGGGUCAGAGUAUCGGAAGGGUUCCAGAUGGUGGCCAUUGGCUCGUUUGCGGCCGGCUGUGCAUGGGGCCUUGUUUUCCUUAUAGAUUCAUAA